GCAGCAUCUACUGUAUACCGUUGUUUCUGCUUGACAGCUGAUAUACUGAUAAUUACCCUUAGCUGUAUACUUAGUAAGUAAGUUACCCUGGGCUGUUGUUUUUUGUUUUUUUGAGUUGAUCGCACGUUGUUGUAUCGUAUCUUUUUGGUAGGUGUCACAUUGUAUUUGUAAAGCUGUAGUUUUGAGAAGAGUUACCUGGUGGUAGAUGAGACCGAGAAAGCAAGAGGAGAACGCUUCCACCACCAGCGCAAAGAAAUGUGCAGACAAUGUGACUGAGUUAACAAAGUUUCUAAAAUCCUCACCCACAAUCAACCGGCUCAGCGAAAAAUCCAAAAGUAAUGGAGUCACCUCAGAACAGCUCAUCUCAGAAUCAGAGCUAUUUGAAGUUGAAGGGGACAAGUUGGAGCGGAGUACCGGGGAACGCGCACUUGCUUUAGCUUGUUUUACUAAGGCAGCAAGUCUAUCAAAAGCAGUAAGUGAGCUAGAAUCAAUAAGCCCUGAUGUCCAGCUAAGAGCACAAAUCAGAAGAGAAAGUUGCCUCAAAAAAGCCCGAAACAUUUACCGGAAAAUGUUGGUCGAGUCCGUUCAAAACCCUCAGCAUCCGAUUACUAAGAAAUCUAAGAAGACGAAACAGGUAUACUCAGAGAAGAGAUCCUGCACUCGCUGCAGUAAGAUGGUGUUUUGGCUAAAAUGUGGGCUUUGCUCCGACUGUGACCUCUUAUCACGUGACGAAAAAAGAGCGAAAGUAAACAGAGUGGAGACAAAGCACAUACGAGAUUUCACGAUACCUAAACAAGCUCAGCAAAAUAAGAUCCCUGAAGAGUCUUUUGUUUCACCAAAAUCCUGUGCUCUCUGCUCGGCAAACUCAAAGACAAAGAAAAAGUGAACUUGAAUCUCACAGCAGAAUAUCUUUACGGGCAAACUUCAAGAUGAUUUGAUGGAAGUUUAAUUACAGUGUUAAUCCAAGACGAUUGUACUUGAAUUUUGAUUGUAGAGAAAAUACAAUGGUUGCCAGUCAAAACAAUUUAGAUGCCAAAUUCAGCUGGAUUCAUAAAGUAUGAAUGGAAUGAUGGUUCGGCUCCAAUCAUAACGAGGAGUUCAUAUUUCUUGGAAGCAAAAGAUAUCCAAUUGUUUGUAGUACCUAAUGCCAAUGGCUUUGUGAAAGCAAUUAUUCUUCGACCUAAAUAAGUAAACAGGAUGAUUUUACUUUACCCUACCAGAAAUAGUUUCUCUCAAACUUCAUAUUAAAGAUAUUUUUAGCUAACUGCAUUUUAACUUUUGAAGGAUUCGAAAUUCUAUUAUUUGAAAAAAACUUAAUCUAUUCUAUUCUACGUUUUAGUAGAAAUAAAUUAUUACUCUUAUAACAAAACAUAAUAGAGUUUUGCUU